AUGAAGGUUGAUGAGUGGACUAUUACUAGUGAAUUCGAUGAUAUUGUACAGGAUGUGAAAGAGGAAAAGGUUGAGAGUGAUAAGAUAUGGGUGAGUAAGUAUGGUCAUGGGGAAUCUGGUGAUUGUAAUUUGGAUUUAGAAUUUGAAGUAAAAUUGGACAAGAGAAACGAGGUUAGUUUUGGGAAGAGUGUUUGUCAAGGGAAUGAGUACUCGGUUGUGAGGGCUCAGUCGAAUAUAUAUGAGGUAGUAGUAGCGAAUGGGACAGAGAGUGGUCCAGGUAGUAGUGUUGUGGCUAGGUUUCAGAAUUUCAAGCGGAAAUGCGAAUUCCAGAAGGGUCAUUCGCCUGACUUGACUAGUGUGGAUAUUACCAACGUUUUUGAUCCAGAAGAGCGAGUGGUUUGUGCCGAUUCUGAGGGAAGCAUAUAUGUGCUUCGAGGGAGUCGCAAUGGCCCAAUGGAGGAGAAGUUUAGGAUAGAGCAGGGGCACGCAAGUCAUGUUAGCAAGGUUCGAUUUUUCCCCAAUGGACACGGGUUUUUGAGCAGUGGUAUAGACAUGAGGCUUAAGAUAUGGGACGCCAACAACGGUACUGAGUUAAGGACGUUUGUUGGGCAUACGCGGCCAGUUAAUGAUUUUGCCAUGGUAGAUAGGGGCCGUAAUUUUGUGUCUGGCAGUUCGGAUGGUUGCCUCAAGCUUUGGGAGUGUUCCACUGCUAGUUGCGUGUUCUCGAUGGGCUCGGAUGCUGGUGAUGGUAUCAAUUGUGUAGCUUUGUCCAACUACACGGCCAGUGCAUCAUCGUCGUUAUCGAUAGAUAGGACAAAUGAAUAUAAUACAGAGGGGAAGGCUGUAUUUUCGGGACAUGAUUCUGGUGCUAUCACGUUCCAUGAUCUCUACAAUAGAAAGAAAGUGCUUGAGAUACCAUCGGUUAAUGGGUCGAGUUGCGUGACGUUGGCUCAAUCAAGCAGUGGGGACAACAGUCAUUAUUUGUGGGCUGGUCACUCUGAUGGCAGCAUUUACUCAUGGGAUACUCGUAACACUUCUGAGCCCAUAGACCACUUAGAAGUAAAUAGCGGAGUUCCAAUCACGAAGAUCUUCCUUGCAAAUAAUUUAUUGCACGUUUCCAGUGGCAUACAAUACUUUUUCAGUUUGCCUGUGGUUGAUGGCGAAUUCAAGACUGGUAAGCUUGUCAAUUUCAUCAGGCCUUACGAAGAUAUAACCGAUUUCUGCAUAAAUGAGUCUUACCAAGAUCUGUGGUGCGUAGGCAACAACGGCACUAUGUUGAAAUUCUAA